GCAGACCUAGGAGAAUAAAUACGUUAUCCAGAAUAGCUUUUAAUUAACGAAUCUCAUCCGUACAGUUGCAACUUUUACAUUGCAGAUUAUUCUGAAAGUAAGAUAAACCACUAAUAAAGUAUUGGAACUUGGCUUAGUGGCACGUGUUGGUCAAUCCGUUGCGUGCUGAAGCGGUUUUGUACAGUUCGAGCUGCUUUACUAUUUAGCAAAGCAAGCUCAGCCGACAGUAGCUUCUGAUUUUAUUUUACUGAUAUAUGCACAAACAGAACUUUUGUUGAAACAGAGAAGUUUAGUUUUUGGAGGAGAGAAUGAUGGCAAGUAAUAUGGAUAAGGGUGAAGUUUUGCCUUUGGAGCUUCCUGCACCUUCUUCUUGGAAGAAACUGGUCAUGCCGAAGAGAGGGGGUAAAGUAAAGAAGAAUGAGGUUGUAUUUGUUGCUCCAACUGGAGAGGAGAUCAGGAACCGCAAACAGUUGGUGCAGUACCUGAAAACGCACGAUGGAAAUCCUGGUGUAUCAGAAUUUGAUUGGAGUACCAUUGAGAAUCGAAGGAGAUCAGCGCGGAUCAGUGAGAAGGUUAAGGCAAUGCCUCCUACGGCAGUGGUUGAGCCGACAAAGAAAAGACGUCGAACAACAUCAGCUACCAAAAAAGAUGAGGAAAUGGAAGUAUCAAAUGUAGAGAAGGAAAACUUGGACAAGAAAGAGAUGGAAUUUUCCAGAGAAGAAGAGGAAAAUGUAGUAGAAGCUGAUAUGGAGGAAGAGGAGAAGGACGAGAUAGGGGCUAAGAAAGAAGACACAGAGAACAAAAAAGAAGAGGAAAUGCCUGAUAGAGAUGCUUCAGAGAAGAAAAUUGAGGCCAGCAAUGACACUGAGGUUGACAAUGGAGAUAAAAUGGCAGGAAAUGGCUCAGAGGAAACCAUUGCCAUUGAUGCCGAGCUACAUAACAAUUCCACGGACAAGGAUAAUUUUGAGGGAGUGGUAGCAGAUGCAGUCUUUGGAAAAGCAAAUGCUGCUGAAGCUGAACUAGAAGUCGAGGAGAAACAUGGAUCUGGAGAAAAGCUAGAGAUUCAAAUUGAUGAAGAUAGUAGUGCAGGUGACGUGAACCGAGAUAUUCCAGAUAAGGUCACACCAGAAAGAAGUGUUGCAGGAGACGAAACUGACAAUAUCCAGGAACCUGGAUUAGUUGGGAAAGCUAAUGAUUCCUACGCGAACUUUGGAGAGUACAGGUCGCUGGAACAAGAGAAAGAAAAGAAUAGAACAAGUUUGAUGAUGGAUAAUGGCGAGAUCAACCAACCAGGGCCAGCACACACCCCGCAACAUCAACCAGGUGCACCUAUUAGUUGCUAAGUUUAGCAUUUAGAUUACCUUAGGCUUUCUCCCAGUGCAUGUUUCAUCUCUCACUGGGAUGUGCUCGAAUAAUUGUAGUAGUAUGUUUAGCAGUUUAGGAACUAAUCCUUUUGGGAUCAGCUUAACAGAUCUUUAUGUGGACACUUCAUCUGUUAUCUGUACGUAAUCACAACGUGGUCUGUUAAUCUCUAGUGGCAGGACUAGCUUCUUGUUCCAUAUGUGGAAUUCAUAUAUUAGUUGAUCAAGAAGAAUGUUCAUCUUUGCUUCUUUCUUUU